ACGUAAUCCUUCUCACUCUAAUCUUGGAUGGCAUCCUUUGCCAUCUCGUACUACGCCACCGCAGUUGGACCCCGUUCCACGGAUGCGCGUGGGUGUCUCGAGGUUUUCCAGUGAUAAUCCCACUAGAUGGAUAUUUCGGGUUUAGAAGUAUUUUGACUAUUUUCAUAGACGCGAGCCCAAACGUACUCUGUUAAUCACCAUGUUGAUCGAUCACCCGGCGUCCGAGUUGUUCCACCACUAUCAGGCGAAUAAUUGCACGACAUCAUUGUCAAAAUUUUUAGGGGCAGUUCGUCAGCGUUUCGAUCCCACUUAUUAUGAGAAUUAUGUGGGUCUAUUGUCCAAGUUAUCGCAAACUACCACUGUUAUGGACUAUCAAUCUGAAUACGAAGCCAUACUCAACAAGGUGCCAGGAGUGCCAGAAUCCAGCUUAAUCGCUAUGUACGUCGCGGGUCUCAAACAACCUGUGCAGCGGGAGGUCAACCACUGUAAUCCCACUACCCUUCUGAUGGAAUUCACCUUGGCGAGGGAGCUUUCCGCAUGCCACCAAGAGGUCGUCACAACGUACGACAGUGGGUCAUGCCGUGCUAGGUCUACGCGCUUGCCUCCAUCAAUAGGCGAGGGAAUUUUACCGAUGCUGCCUUCGUAUGGUUGUCAACCUCUCGCAACCAGCCACAGCAGAGACAAACCCGCAAACCUUCUGAUUGCUUAUUUGACAAAUGCUGAAAAGGCAAGAAAAGCCUUGAGAGCAUUGAAAGGGCUAGUGAGGCUCCAAGCAAUCAUUCGGGGACGAGCUGUUCGGCGCCAAACUAUUGACACCCUCAAACGCUUGCAGUCAAUAGUAAGCAUUCAAUCAGAACUCCAUGCGCAAAGCUGCAACUUAGUGAAGAACACAGCAGACUUACAAGAAAAGCAAUACCAGGAUAUAAAGAUAGAUAUGAACAGCCACAGAGGAUGGGACAAUAGAAUUCUCUCAAAGGAAGAAGCAAAUGCUAUGUUCUUAAGCAAGAUGGAUGCUGCCAUUAAGAGAGAACGUAUAAGGGAAUACUGGUUAACUCAUAGAAGAUCAUCAGAGGGAGAAUGGAGACCACAGAUAAAGCAGAGAUAUUGGUUAGAGCAAUGGGUAGAUGCUCAGCUAGCCAAAAGAGAAGAUCUUGUGAACCUAGAUACAGAUAUAUGUGCAGGUGCAAGAAUGAGAAACGAGUUUGAGCAAAGGGAAUCAAAGACGAUAUCUCUGAGACAAUACAGAAGCGAAGGAACACCAAGAAGAUCAUUUCAGCAUAAGAGGCAACAUUCUAUAGGGGAUGACAGCCCGAGGGUGUCUCGGUCUGUGCCAACUUACAUGGCAGCCACAGAAUCAGCAAAAGCAAAAGCAAGAUCUUUGAGCUCACCAAGGAUGAGGCCGAUGAAGUUUGAUGCCUAUUCUGACAUUAAUUCCCCAUACAAGUACAAGCUCUCUCCUAUAUCAUCUAUUAACAGCGAGAUGACCGUAAAGAGCAAGGUUCUGAAUCCUUCAAGUUUGUCACAAAGAUCGCCUUGCUUGAAGAGCAUAGCUGCUCCUGUAAGAUCAAGCAGAAGUCUAAAGAAUGUUAGGCUGGAGUCAGAUUUCUGACUUUAGACAACAACAUUUGUAACAUCUGGGUGCCUUCUUACAUGCAUAUUUCAGUUCAUAAUAAAAUCAGUGCUGAAAU